UUUCUUCUGCCUUUUAAAGCUUUUAGGGUUUUUUUUUUCUUCUCCUUCUGUAGAAACCAGUUGCAGAGGUUAAAGCGACGGCGCUGUUCGCUGUCCGCCUUGUACAAGCUCUAGCUUUGUCUUGGCCCUCGGUUUUUGUCGUAAAUCCCAUAGUUUUUAGUAUUUUUGUAGAUUCUGUUUGAGUAUCAAUGGCGGUGAAACCGACGAAGGCGGAAAAGAAGAUCGCGUACGACGCGAAGCUCUGUCAGCUCCUGGAUGAGUACACCCAGAUCCUGAUCGUGGCGGCGGACAAUGUCGGGUCGAACCAGCUCCAGAGUAUUCGGAAGGGUUUGCGAGGCGACUCUAUCGUUCUCAUGGGUAAGAAUACGAUGAUGAAGAGAUCCGUCAGGAUGCAUGCUGAGAAAACCGACAACAAGGCUUUCCUCAAUCUCAUCCCCCUCCUCCAGGGCAAUGUCGGGUUGAUCUUCACCAAGGGUGAUUUGAAGGAAGUGAGCGAGGAAGUUGCCAAGUACAAGGUUGGAGCUCCUGCUCGUGUGGGUUUGGUUGCUCCGAUUGAUGUGGUCGUGCCUCCGGGAAACACCGGUCUUGACCCAUCACAGACUUCUUUCUUCCAGGUGCUGAACAUUCCGACCAAGAUUAACAAGGGUACGGUCGAAAUCAUCACCCCUGUGGAGCUUAUCAAGAAGGGUGAAAAGGUUGGAUCAUCUGAGGCUGCCCUUUUGGCCAAGCUUGGAAUCCGACCCUUCUCGUACGGUCUCAUUGUCCAGUCCGUGUACGAUAACGGCUCAGUCUUCAGCCCUGAGGUGCUUGAUCUGACCGAGGAUGACCUUAUGGAAAAGUUUGCAGCCGGUGUCUCCAUGGUCACUGCCCUGUCUCUUGCCGUGUCUUACCCAACCCUUGCUGCUGCCCCUCACAUGUUUAUCAAUGCUUACAAGAAUGUGUUGGCUGUUGCCGUAGCCACCGAGUACACUUUCCCUCAAGCAGAGAAAGUGAAGGAGUACCUUAAGGACCCGAGCAAGUUUGCCGUUGCUGCUGCCUCGGCUGGGGGAGAAACUGGCGGUGCUGCUCCAGCUGCUGCAGCUAAGGAAGAGGAAAAGAAGGAAGAACCUGCAGAAGAGUCGGAUGACGACAUGGGUUUCAGCCUUUUUGACUAAGCGACUAUCAUCAUUCAGGGUUAUGUUUCGUUUUCUACAUAGUGAUACAUUUGCAUCUUAUGGUGUUUCAUUUUCAUUGCUUCUUCUCUUAUCUUUCUGUUGUCUCGUACCCUUUAUUGGUUUGACAUUGUUAUUUUUAUGUUUAAUCUUUGGUCUAAAGUAUA